AUGGUCAUUCCAGGCGCCGAGUAUCCGCCUCCAUCUUGCCGGCAAACGAGGACUCAGCGCCAGGGCUGCGUGCAGGAGAAUCUUUGCCCGGUCAGCUGUGCAGCUCUGCGGCGGACUAUGAGUCCCAAGCCAGUGCACGCAGCGCUGCUGAACGCCCACUCAAUCUUGAACAAGAUGUUUGUCUUAAAUGACUUAAUUUCCUCCCAGAAAUUGGAUCUGUUCAUGCUCACAGAGACCUGGCUAAAGCCAGGUGACAACAGUGCUUUCUCUGAGCUCCUCCCCUCUGGUUACUCUUUCCUGAGUGCGCCCGUACAACGAGCCAUGGAGGCGGCAUUCGAUACAGUGGACCACUCCAUCCUCCUGAACCGUCUAGCCCAGCAGGUGGGCUUUCAGGGUCCCGUGUUGCAGUGGUUCAAGUCCUGUUUAACGGAGAGGCACUUCUCUGUUUUCAUCAAUGGCCACUCCUCUUCUACCGCCCGACUGUCUUCUGGUGUCCCGCAAGGCUCCAUUUUGGGCCCAAACCAGCUGCUGAGACGAGGUCUGUCUGACAUUCUGGAUCAGAUCCUUGUCCACUCUGGAGAUGACCAGCUCAUCAUCCUCGCUGACAUGUGGGAGCAGUUCUUCACAGAGAUCCUUCCAACUCUGCAGGCCAUCUUCUACCCUGUGCAGGGUCAGGAGCUGACGGUGAGACAGAUGGCCCUGCUGGCCUUCAGGGACCUGGUACUGCUGAAGCUCCACCUGCAGGAAACUCUGGGAGCUGCAGCCCGUGUCCCCCCACACAUUAUACAGAUGUUGCUGGUUCUGCAGGGCGUCCACGAGUCCAGCGGCCCCAGUUUAGAGUACCACCAGCUGGAGCGUCUGCUGGAGCUUGUCGUGUCUCCGUAUCUCAGCAACGUUCUGCACAGCAAAAACCAGCUCCUGCUCGAGUCUCGUUGUCUUCGCACAUCAGUGGCGUUGCUAGGCAACCAGGCCCCGCUGGAGAUCACCGUCACACAGCAUCACAACGACCAGUCCUCGCUGGCGCCCCUAGUGGAGCAGGACGGGGAAGCCUAUCUGGAGAAGAGCGGUGGGCUGAGGCGCCACACGGUGGCCAACAUGCACUCUGACGUCCGGCUGCUGUCGCUGUCAGCCAGGAUGCAUGCUGGGACAGAGGAAACCUGUGACGUGGAAGUGAGCGACGGUGCCAAGAGAUUUUUGUUGGUGGAGGGAACAAUUAGCUCAAGGCCAUUUUCCAGCCAAGCAGACAUUUUGGAGUCUCCGCGGAGUGUAGCAGUGGGCGGGGUCACCCACUUUUCUCUGAGCUAAAGCAUGUGGAGACGACGGAUGCGUGUUUGACCUGACAGGAAAUGAUGGGUGGGCAAGGACGCCAACCCAAAACAGGAAGUGCAUAAUGAUUUGUAUUUUUUUAAGGUGAUGACAGAACGUGAGAUAAACUGAAUGACAGCGACGGUAUGAAUGUCAAAACAUCUUCAACUACCAGGAGCUGGUCACCGGUCAGAGCUGGUUAGAGCUGGUUGUAGGCCCUGAUCGGUACUUAAAGCUGGUCACGGCUGGUUAUAUUGCUGGUUAUAGCUAGUAAUAGCUGCCAGAGCUAGUCCUCCAAGGUGACAGCUGGUUUUAUAUAUAAUGGCUGAGUGGAUCCUUGUCAUUUGAUUGGUGGCUUGUAUGUCAGGUGACAUGGAUUAUUUGUACCAUUUGUCGCUGUGUUUCAAUAGUUCGUUUUUAGUGUGUAAUUUUGGUGCUAUAUGAAAUCUGCUGUUGCACGUCCCGACCACUGCACGCACUCACACUACUGGGGGUGACGUUUAGCUAAACAUGGCGGGGUUUGUUUUGCUGAUGGACGACAGUUUGAAGGAGUUAACUGACGCUGAUAAUUCUUCUAAAGCUGGGCUUACACUGUGCAAGUUUUGGCCCUUUUUCAGACGAUUUGGAUCGCGCCGAGUUUCAGCUUAAUCGCGCGUCCUGCAUCGUGUCGUAUACAUGGAGUAAUGAGCUGCGUUUAACAUCUCACGACCACCUCCUGAUCGGCGAUCGUAUGGUCGGAUAAAAAUCAAACCGGUUUGAUAUUCAGGUCGGCCGUUGUGAGGGUAUUCCACUGCUGAAGAGCUACAAGCGUUGGCACGCUGAU